AGGCCGACACCGGAACCGCUGCACAGGGGAAAGCAAAAAUGGCGAAUGUCGUGGAAGCAACAACUCGCCAGCAGUUUGAAGAUUUCCUAGCCAAAGCUGGAAAAUGCCUGACCGUUGUGCAUUUCCAGGCGUCAUGGGCUCCUCAGUGCGGCCACAUGAACGAAGUGAUGGCCGAGUUGGCCAAGGAACACGCGCACACCACGUUUGUCAAGCUGGAGGCGGAAACUGUGCCGGAGGUAUCGGAAAAGUAUGAAAUCGCCUCUGUCCCUACUUUCCUUUUCUUCAAGGGAGGGGAGAAGGUGGACCGCCUGGACGGGGCCCAUGCUCCUGAGUUGACCAAGAAGGUACAGCGCUUGGCAGUCACCGGGAGUCCGAGUGGAGCUGCGCAAAGUAGCACCGCAGACCUGAACCAGCGGCUGAAGAAGCUGAUCAACGCGGCCCCCUGUAUGCUCUUCAUGAAGGGGUCCCCCCAGGAGCCUCGCUGCGGCUUCAGCCGGCAGAUAGUGGCCCUGCUGAAGGAGAACAACAUCCAGUUUAGCAGCUUCGACAUCCUGUCCGACGAGGAGGUCCGAAGGGAGCUGAAGACCUACUCCAACUGGCCCACCUACCCUCAGCUGUAUGUGAAUGGGGAGCUGGUGGGAGGACUGGACAUAGUGAAGGAGCUGGCCGAGUCUGGAGAGCUGGAGAACACUUGCCCAAAGGCUGUCCCCUUGGAGCACCGUCUGAAGACCCUCAUCAACCAAAAACCAGUCAUGCUGUUCAUGAAGGGCAACAAGGAGGCUGCACGAUGUGGCUUCAGCAGGCAGACGCUGGAGAUUUUGAACGCCACCGGGGUGGAUUAUGACACCUUUGAUAUUCUGGAGGAUGAAGAGGUGCGUCAGGGGCUCAAAACUUAUUCUAACUGGCCAACCUACCCCCAGCUCUACGUGAAAGGAGAGCUGAUCGGGGGUUUGGACAUACUUAAGGAGCUGAAGGAGAGUGGAGACCUGGUGUCAGUGCUGAAGGGGGAGUCGUAGAUGGAUGUGUCAUGCCAGGGGGAACAAGAAGCUUCCAUACAUGACCAGAUCGUCCCUCUGUCACUAAUGUAACAUUACAGGAGUGCCAGGCAGUAAAAGAAAGAAGUUAUGAUUUAGAAAUUAGAUUUAAUAAUCAAAUUGUUCACUAGUAGCACUUGGAUAGGAUCACAUUCUAUUUAAAGUAAAGAAGAAAAAAUGAUAUUGCAGUUUUGUGAAAAUUGAUUUUUGGUUUUCAUUCUGACAUUUUGAAAAUGCAUCUUAAGAAAUGUUUAAAGUGAAAGUUAAGCGAUUCCUGUGCUUGGCCUAGUUUUAUACAUCCUUGUCUCUGGGAAAAUACAGCCUACUGAGAACAGCUGAUAUUAUCUAGUGUCUGCAUUGUUUUGUGUUACAUCUGUCCUUCCAGUAUGCAUAACCUCGCGCCUAAGAACUGGAACUUUAUAUUCAGUGAAACAUUAUUGCUGACCAGCCCAGCCUCUGACUUGUCAUGCCGUCCUGUCCAUCUGCUGUCCACAUAUUAACUAUAUCCAAAAAUCACUCUGGUUUAAAUACUUGGAACUAGCUUCAUGUGGAAAUUAUUAAUACUUUGUUCAUCAAUAACAUGAUUAAACAAAAAAAAAAAAA